AUGGCUUCGAAGAGUGCCAAUGCUAUCCAAAUCCUGGACAUUCAUACCCGUGUCUCUCCUCCCUCAGGAGCCUCCAUUCGUGAUCAGAUUGUCUCUGGUCUCUCGCAACCUGUCGGCGGCAAAACAUUGCCCACCCUCCUCCUCUACGACGAGCGUGGCCUCCGCCUGUAUGACGAAAUUACCACAGAUGCUGCGGAAUAUUACCUGUUCCCAGCCGAAGAGGAGAUUCUGAAGAACAAAGCCGACGGGAUCGUGCGAGUCAUGCAUUCGGGCAUCGCCAACGGUGAACUCGUGGACGAGGUCGUGGUCGAGCUGGGCGCUGGCGCACUGAGGAAGACGUCCCUUAUCUUGGGUGCGCUCGCUCGCCUGGUCCCCAAUCCUGCUCCCACUCCUCCUAUCAGCUACCACGCCCUCGAUCUCGAAAAGCGCGAACUGGAGCGGACUUUAAUGGAGCUGAACUCGUCGCAUGUCGGUGUCGAGCUCAAGGGCAAGGUCGCUACUGCCGGCUUGUGCGGCACGUACGAUGACGGCCUCAAGUUUAUCGUAGAAGGCGGACUGCAGGAUCGCAAUGCGCUCGAGAGGAUCGACACCGCAUUCGGUUCACAGUACCCAGUGGAACGCGUUGGCCGGGACGCGUCUCCAAGCUCAGCGGCUUCUUCUCGUGGCCGCACUGACCGGACGGAGGCGACACCACCGUCGACGCCGGGCGCCCAGCAGCCCCUGCAUAUCCUUUUCCUCGGUUCUUCGCUGGGCAAUUUCGCACGCGGCGAGGACGCCGCAUUCCUCAAGUCUCUCCCGCUUCGCCCUGGUUCCGGCGACACGCUCCUGCUCGGUAUGGACCACGGGAACGACGCGCGCCGGAUUGAGGCGGCGUACAAUGACUCGAAGGGCGUUACGCGGAAAUUUAUCAUGAAUGGUCUGGUUUCUGCUGGCCGCGCUCUCGGCGACGAGAGCCUGUUCGCCCAAGACAAAUGGGAGUAUGUCGGCAAGUACAACGAGGAAUCGAGACGUCACGAGGCAUACUACCGGUCAGCCUGCGAUCAGACGGUGGUGGAUCCUGAGACGAAGGCGCUCUUCCCCUUCGUCAAAGAUGAACUCAUCCGUGUGGAAGUUUCGCACAAGUACUCCGAGCGAGACGCAUGGACGGUGUUUACCGAGGCGAACCUUUGUCCUGUCCACCGGUGGACUGACAGGUCGUCGCAGUAUUCACUCUGGCUUCUUGAACGCCCGAAGUUCUCCUUCCCUCUACUCAAAUGGCCCUCGUCGUCCGAUGCCAAGACGGUUGCGCGCUCCCCUUUCUCACUGCCCACGGUGGACGAGUGGCGCGACAUGUGGGCUGCAUGGGACUUCAUCACCCGUCAAAUGAUCCCUCCGUCUAUGCUAUUCCAAAAGCCCAUUGAUCUACGUCACAUCUGCUUGUUCUACUGCGGACAUAUCCCGGCCUUCCUCUCAAUCCACUUGUCAAAGCUACUCCAGGAACCCGAUACCGAGCCAGUAGAAUAUAAGUACAUCUUUGAGCGUGGCAUCGACCCCAUCGUCGAUGAUCCUACCCAGUGCCAUCCACACUCCGAGGUCCCCCAGAAGGAUGAGGAUUGGCCCUCGUUGCCUAGCAUCUUGCAGUUCCAGUCGAGGGUCCGCGAACGGGUCAUAAACCUCUAUCGCGACAUUGAUUCGGGGAAGGUGACGCUCACGCGCAAGAUCGCACGAGUCAUGCAGAUGACACUAGAGCACGAGGCGUUCCAUGCAGAGACUUUGCUGUACAUGCUCCUGCAGCGCGCGGGAACCGGAACUAUUCCUCCCAGUGGUUUCAUCCCCCCUCCUUGGGAGGUCCUUGCAGAGUCGUGGGACAAGCAGCCCCUGCCUGCAGCAGAGACGGUAACGCUUGGUCCUGAGGAGAUCAGCCUGGGCCACGACGACGACGAAUCACAAGAUGACUCUACUGAGGGUGUUCUCGAGCACUCCUUUGGCUGGGAUAACGAGCAUCCGAAGCGUACGGUGAAGGUCGAGGAGUUCAAGAUCGAGUGGCGUCCCGUCACAAACGGGCAGUUCUACGAGUUCUAUACGGGCCCCGGAAAGGACAAGGUUCAGUUUCCGAAGAGCUGGGUCGAGCUCGAUGGCGAGGUCUUUGUUCGCACUCUGUACGGACCUGUCCCGAUCAAGAUUGCCUGGCACUGGCCGAUCAAGACUUCGUAUGACAACCUAUCAGUCUAUGCGAACGUCAAGGGUGGCCGCAUCCCCACCGAGCCCGAGCUCCGCCUGUUCCUUGACAAGUUCGAGUGCGGCUACGAGGGCGGUGCCAACGUCGGCUUCAGAAACUGGCACCCCGUCCCGGCGACGACAGGUGGCCCUGCUGACGGUGGAAAGGGCCACAACGGAGGCGUCUGGGAGUGGACGUCCACUGUUCUCGACAAGUACGAGGGUUUCGUGCCGUCGAAGCUAUACCCUGGGUACUCCACCGACUUCUUCGAUACCCACCACCAGGUCGUGAUAGGGGGGUCGUAUACGACAAUCCCGCGCCUUGCCGAACGUCGUACCGUGCGCAACUACUACCAGCACAAUUACCCGUACGCUUGGGUCGGUGCACGCGUUGCUUACGACGUGUAG